GACGUUAUAAUGCCCAGUGAUCUCCGUUCACUGGCUGGUGUGGGGGGAGCUGGAUAUGGUGGGCUGGAGGGUUCAGAAGCACCCGAACUCGGUCUGCAAACACGCCCCCUCCUCACUAUCCUAGAAACGACCCCCUAGAGUGUUAUAGCGAGACUCGCGAGGCCUUGGAUGCUCCGUAUGCUCCGCAAGAGGUUUGAGCCUUGAAUUGAGGCGGAGGAGAAGCUGGGGGCCGUGGCCAGAUGGUCCCGCGGAGCCCAGUCUCGGCUGUUGCUGGGGGCGCGAGGGAAAAGCAGACGAGCACUUAUUUUUAUUAAACAUUUCAACCCUGAAAUAACAAUAACACGUCAAGAUGGCUGCGGGGGCUGCGGGCGGGCCUCUUUUUUUUUUUUUUUUUUUUCCCGAUCUGAUGAUAAGCGGAAAGGCGGCAGCGACUGAGGGGACCCCGGCUGGAGUCCAGUUCCUGGGAGUCGCGACCAAGCAGAUCUGGGUUGAGUCUGAUAAGUGCAGGCUGGGCCAGCACCCAGGGUUCUGGCAUUUGAGCCUUCUUUUGAAAACCCAUGCAUAUUAUUUUUGUUUGGUUUAAAAAAAAAAAAAAAAAGGAUCCAAGGUGGGCGGCGCGGGGGCGGGGAACCCAGACCAAAGGGUCCUCGAUGUCCUCUCCAGUCCCCUCCCUCCCCUAGCAUCCCUACUUUACCCGCCCCCACUGCGCUAAAGAGAGCAGGGGACUGUGAGCUCAGCCCCAACCGAACCCCCGACACUCGGAGGCCAAGAAGAGGAGACCGGGGUGGGGCGGAGAAAUAGAGAAGGAAGGACAGAGAGUGACGAGGAGGGCGGGCAGAGGCUAGGGAGGAGAGAUGCAUAGCCUCCCAUUCCCGAGUAGUGGAGAAAAAUUCCUUUCUAGUUGGAUCAAUCCUUGUUUUUCUCGCCCGCUGUCCAGCGUCUGAGACGCGUGGGGUGGGAUUGGGUUUUGUUUUGUUUUGUAUUUUGCCCUUGUCCGGAGGCUGGGUGGCCGCGAAGGGGGAGGGGUGGCGGCUCGGGCCACAACACUCUGCUAGGGUUUUCCUCUACCUUUCCCUUCCUUCCUCUCUCGGAUACCCCCAGCCCACGAGGAGAAGCGGUUUGGGGGGCUCGGGGAGGAGGGGGUUCGUCCCUCCAGCGAGCGCUCCCUCCCUUCUCCAGUCCCCUCCUCCCUACCCUGGUGCGCCCUCCCCCCUCCUCCGUCCCCUCCUUCUUCCCUCCCUCAGCCCUCCCUUCCCCAGUCCGUCCCUCCUCCCUCCCACCCUCCCCCUUCCGUUUCUGUUGGUGGAGGGAGGCGGAAGGAGGAGGGCUGGGAUCUCGGGCCGGGGACGGGAAUUUCAUCUGAAUGACUGUCCCCCGCGCGCCCGGCGCCCCCGACUCGGCCCCGGCGCCCUGCAGCCGCCGCCGGGAGGACAGCGAGCCGGGGAUCGCCCUAGCCGGGACGCCGGGCGCUUGGCUGGGCCUCGCCCGCCCCGUUCGGACCUAGCUGAGCCCUCGGGCGCGGCGGCUCUUUUUCCGGCUCCUCUUUGAAGGGACGCGAACCUCGGACUCGGCGGCGCGGAGGAGGAGGAGGAGGAGGAAGAGGAGGAGGAGCCGGGAGCGCGGGGUGGCGGCCGGCGAGAAGCCCCGAAUCCCGGCAGCCAGCGAGAGGAAGGGAAGUGUGCGGCUCGCGGGGAGGCAGCUGCGGGGCGCGCCCCAAUGUCAGCGGACGAGCGGAGCGGGGGAGGCGCAGGCGGCGGCCGCGGCUUCGUGGAUGGAAUUUGGACUUGGGCAGGCCCAUCCCUGGCUCGUGCCCCGGCUCCGGCCAGCGCCGCCCGCUAACGCUCCCCAUACUCAGCGAGGAGAAGGCGGCGACGGCGGCGUCGCGAGCACCCCCUGCCUUGAGAAGCCGGGCGCCCUCUGCCAGUGCGGAGUCCCGGAGAGGCUGUGCUGCUGAGCUCGCCCAAGACGCACCGCGGCGGGGCUCGCUGUAGCUACCGUCUUGGUUCUAAACGGGACUGGUCCCUGGACGCGGGUAGGAACUCAGGCCGGGGCCCGGCCAGCGUCCAAGGCCCUACCCAGGGCGCUACCGCUGCCUCCCUCGCCAUGGCGGAGAAUUGGAAGAACUGCUUCGAGGAGGAGCUCAUCUGCCCCAUCUGCCUGCACGUCUUCGUGGAACCCGUGCAGCUGCCCUGUAAACACAACUUCUGCCGCGGCUGCAUCGGCGAAGCCUGGGCCAAGGACAGCGGCCUGGUUCGAUGCCCCGAGUGUAACCAGGCCUACAACCAGCGGCCCGGCUUGGAGAAGAACCUCAAACUCACCAACAUAGUGGAGAAGUUCAACGCGCUGCACGUGGACAAGCCGCCGGCCGCGCUGCACUGCGUGUUCUGCCGCCGCGGCCCCCCGCUGCCGGCCCAGAAGGUCUGCCUGCGCUGCGAGGCUCCCUGCUGCCAGUCCCACGUGCAGACGCACCUGCAGCAGCCCUCCACCGCCCGCGGGCACCUCCUGGUGGAGGCCGACGACGUGCGGGCCUGGAGCUGCCCGCAGCACAACGCCUACCGCCUGUACCACUGCGAGGCCGAGCAGGUGGCCGUGUGCCAGUACUGCUGCUACUAUAGCGGUGCCCACCAGGGACACGCUGUCUGCGACGUGGAGAUCCGGAGGAAUGAGAUUCGGAAGAUGCUCAUGAAGCAACAAGACCGACUAGAGGAGCGGGAGCAGGACAUUGAGGACCAGCUCUACAAACUGGAGUCUGAUAAGCGGCUGGUGGAGGAGAAGGUGAGCCAGCUGAAGGACGAGGUGCGGCUGCAGUACGAGAAGCUGCACCAGCUGCUGGAUGAGGACCUGCGGCAGAGCAUGGAGAUCCUGGACAAGGCCCAGGCCAAGUUCUGCAAUGAGAACGCAGCGCAGGCCCUGCAUCUCACGGAGCGCAUGCAGGAGGCCAAGAAGCUGCUCAGCUCCGUGCAGCUCGUCUUCGACAAGACGGAGGACAUCAGCUUCAUGAAGAACACCAAAUCUGUGAAGAUUCUAAUGGAUAGGACUCAGAGUUGCACAGGGGGCAGCCUCUCCCCUCCCAAGAUCGGCCACCUCAACUCGAAGCUCUUCCUAAAUGAGAUCUCCAAGAAAGAAAAGCAGCUGAGGAAACUCCUGGAAGGCCCCUUUAGCACCCCGGUGCCCUUUCUGCAGACGGUCCCCCUGUACCCGUGUGGUGUGAACAGCAGCUCUGGGGCGGAGAAGCGAAAGCACCAGACGGCCUUUCCCGAGGCUAGCUUCCUCGAGUCCCCAGCAGGCCCCGUGGGGAGCCAGUUCGUGGGCCAGCCGGCCUCAGCCGGGGAGGGCCAGUCCAGCCAGCUGGGGCCUUGCAGUUCCACUCAGCACCUCGUGGCCCUGCCGGGAGGGGCGCAGCCUGUCCAUUCAAGCUCGGUGUUCACACCGUCGCACUACCCCAACGGCACGGCCCCCCAGCAGCCUGUGCUGCCCCAGUACGGGGGCCGCAAGAUCCUCGUCUGCUCCGUGGACAACUGUUACUGUUCCUCUGUGUCGAACCACGGAAGCCACCAGCCCUACCCCCGUUCUGGCCAUUUCCCCUGGACAGUGCCCUCGCAGGAGUACUCGCACCCACUCCCACCUGCCCCCUCUGUCCCACAGUCACUCCCAGGCCUGGCUGUCAGAGACUGGAUAGAUGCCUCCCAACAGCCGGGACACCAGGAUUUCUACAGGGUGUACGGCCAGCCGUCCACCAAACACUACGUCACAAGUUAACACCGGGGCUAGGUGGGGGGGCUGGAGGGGCUGUCGGGCCCCUCCAGUUAGCCCCUCUAUUAUGCAGUCCCUAUUCUUCCUCUUUCCUUUGAUGGCUUCUCUCCCCCUCCUCCCAUUUUCUUUCAAUUUUUAUUUUCAUUUUCUCGGGGGGAGUUUUAUACAAAUUUGCUGGAAGCCAAGAAGAUGACCGGACUUUGGGGGUCUGGGCUGGGGCUCUCUAGCUUCGAAGGUGCCUCAUUCCAGGAGAGGUGUGUCUCUCUGUCUCUGUUUCUCUCUUCUCCUCCUCACCCCUCCUCCUUGGGCCCCCCCUCCGCUGGAAGGAUCUGUGGUGCCCCCCCACCCUGCACCCCCAGCCCGGCUGUGGCUGGAGGGGCUGGUGCCUGCUGGGCUGAUUCUACCUUGGAUUUCUUUGGGGAAGGUCAAUCACGGAUUCAGUAAGAGAUGAUCCCGUAGAUUGUGUGUGUUUUUUGUUGAAUUUUUUUUUUUUAAGCCAAGAAUGAUUUUUUUUCCCUUUCCCUUUCCCUUUCCCUGAGUUUAAAGGCCACUUCUCACACAGCUUUUGGCAUCUUCUGGGCACAGAGCAGGAUCUAUGGACAUAAUGAAAUAACAAGAGCCCCCCGUGCCCUAGAUGGGGGGAGAGGAAGGGACUCUGACCACAGGCCUGGACUCUGACAGUGACGACAAAUACCAAUAAUAAUGAGAGAGGCCUAGUUGAGAUCUUAGGGAUGGAGUUGGGGGCAGGGCUAUCCUGCUCUCGCUCCUUUCCUGGAUUUUGACGCUGCAACUUCCUGUAAUGAGCACUUUGUAUAAAACGUGGACUUCCUGUUCUAAAGGCACAGGUAUUUAUUCUGUAACCCGUUUUAGAGCACACACCCAAAUCCAACCUUCUAAUAAACGUGACGGCAGACUUC